GUUCCCAGGCCCCGACAAACAGCUACCUAAGUAGAGCAUCCCCGUCUCGUCUCCUCCUCCAGCCACACAGCAGACGCUCAUCCACUGCCUGCGGGUUCGUCUCUGACCGUCCAGCUCAUCCACCAUGUCCUUCACGCUCGCCCUCAUCACACUGCUCCUGGGCUCGUCGACGGUGGUCGCAUUCGUUUUGCAGCCACCCAGGGAGGAACACGCAAGCGCUUUGGUUUCCCAACACAGGUGCCGUGGGGAAUCGCAGCAGUCGGUCAGGAGGGCCCUGCUCAGGGGGCUCAACCUGCAGGCUGAACCCCAGCUGCCUGCUGGUGGGCUGGACAGCGUCAGAGAGCAAUGGAACAGUGUGUUCAGUGCCAUUUACCCCACAGCAAAUGCUACGGUUUCUGGUUUGUCUGUGUCCGCUGAUGUUGGAAACAGCACUGGUCUGAAGUGCUGCUCCAUGGCCUAUGAGGUCUUCAUGAAAGAUCUGGGAUGGGACAACUGGGUGAUCCAUCCUCCCAGCGUCACCGUGGUCCGCUGUGUACUCUGCAACCCUGAAACAGACACCGUGCAGUGUUCAUCGCGCCGCCACUCCCAGGAUGCAGAUUCGCAGGUGCCACGCUGCCUCCCCGCCUCCCAGCAGACGCUUCCCAUCGUCUACAUGGACGACUUGGGCACCGUUGUGAUUUCCUCCGUGCAGCUGACUCGCAGCUGCGCCUGCGGACCCGGAGCCGCGGAGUAGAGCUUGUUUUGCGGUUGAGUACGUGACAUCUGCGGUCUACCUGGCGCGCACACAACAACGCUGAAUUCAGAAAACGCACCUCUGUUCUCUCACAAGUACUGCUUUUGCAGACUAUUUCCCUUUGGCUGUCCAAGCUAUCUUAUCUUAUUACAAAGCGUACUCAACACAGAGUGUGGGAAUUGAAGCAAAGUCUCUGUAAUUCAAUUUGACGUUUCUAUUUUUUUGUUGCCACUAAAAUUGAUACAACAAAACAUAAAUGGUUAUAACUGAAAAAUCAAUAGACAACUGAACUAACAAUGUUGCUUUGAAAUUGUGUUCAACAGUUCCCUUAAGUCAUUAAAACAAGAUUUAUAGCCAGUAUAAUAUUUCUUUCUCUGUAAAAGUGUAUCUUUAAUCACAGGGAAAUGUCUUAGUGAAGUGCAGCUGGCACUUCGCUGGUGUAAUAAAUACUGUCACGUUAUCUUUAAAUAUCUCCACAGUGUAGAACUUUAUUUAUAACAGUUACUGAGUGUUCCCUCCAAAUAUGUGAGCCUGUCCGCAGCCAAAUCUUCCUGCAGGUCAGCUGUCAAAUUAGUAUCUCCUCUUGUGGAAAUUAAUUCAAAUCUGGAUUCUUCUUCGUUUUUUUUUCUUUUUCUUUUUUUUUUCUCUUUUACAACUAAACCUGCAGGAUAUGAACUGCUGUGACUUCUUCCACGUAUGUUCAUUGGCAACGCUCCAUUAGCAUGUUUCAACCGGUAGAAAGAAAAAUCUGAGCCUAAUAUGGUGAGAAGUCAAAGAAAAUAUGUUUCAUUAUGCAAUAUUAAAACAGUGACUUAACCAGUAGCAUUAAAUUUUAAAGAUCCAUCUAAAAAAAUUGACAAACAUUUUAGUGUCUGUUCUUUUUUCUUAUGGGUCAAAACAUUUCAUUUGAAUUUUGUAUAAUCAGUUUUUGUGUCUCAUUGUGCAUAAAGUAUGUUUUAUGGUUUUGCUUUUUCAUUUUACACUUUUCAGAUAUUAAGGAUGAUGACACCACAUUGAACCAAAUCAAAAGAUUGUUCUUUUACUGUAUGUUAUUUGUACCCGUUCAGUGAUUUCUUGCAUGUUCAAAUAAAGACAGAUCAAAUCACCACAGAUUCUAUAUAUAACUGAUGUGACUCUUCAUAACAACAUUGUUUUAAUAAACUAGUUCACUGUGCCAGGGGGGCAGGAACACAAGAAACGCUGGCACAAGUGCUGGGGUGUAUUUUUACACCUUGGGAGCGUUUCCAGUGUGAGUAACACUGGACUCUGCCCAGAUCUGCUGCGGCUGGUGCUGCUGCUGCUGCGCUGCUCACGCCCUCAGCCGUUCGUGUGGCCGCGGAUGCAUUUGCGCUCCAGGCUUCUAUGUGGAUGCUCAAGGGCUCUUUCAUGAUUCUCGGCUUGUUUAGGAUUAAAAACCUGCAGUAAACGGCUCGAAUAGAGAACAGCGGGACCUGCGCGUAAAACUCAACGCCGCAACUAACUGAAUGUGUUAAUGAGGACAAUGUCAGGAUACUUCACUGCGCUGGUGUCCGUCGGGUUCCUGUCCCAGCUCGUGCUCGCUGACGGGGCCAUUGAAUGUUCAGAGGAGGAAUCCCCGCUGAGACCGAUCUCCAGCACGGUACCCAAAGUCACGCGCUGUUUAAUGGAGUGCACCGGGAUGACUUACAUCCUAAAGCUGCAGCUUGAGGACCAGCGUAACAUACGGCUCACAGACGCCACAGAAGGGGAACUCGGGGAAUACUGUUGGUCCACGGAGAUCAAGUGCAUCAAAGGAGAGAGCUUCGAGCGAGCGUACGCGGUGCUGCCCGUGGAUUUAUCUGCAGUGGGACCUGACCGGUUGGAGGUUACAGCCACCGCUCCCGGUGCCACCACGCUGCGCGCGCACAGCGGCCGCUCCACCGUCGCGGACGACUGCGGCCUCCGUUACGACGUCACGGAGCAUUUCAGCACAGCGACGGCUGGGACGUCGUUCUGCAUACGGGUUAUGACCCCGGAGGACGUCCUGGGGGACACGGUGCUUAAAUGUCCUCCGCUACUGGUCACCUUCUGGCAGAGGAGUCCAAAUUAUCCCAACCAACGAGCCGGUGGCUAAAAAAGUCGCAGGUCUUUUACUUUUACCUGAACUAUAAAGUCCUCACGUACAUAGUACACUGAGAAUAUUUAUACUGCUUGACUUUUUUCCAUAGGUUUCAAGAAACAUAUUAGAAAAGUCUGCAAGCAAAGAUGAGCUUAUUAAGGCUUAGUGUUGUGUGAAAAAGUCCAAAUGAUGAUAAACUAUUUAAAAAAACGGUAAGUGAAAAAGAGGAAAGGAACAAACAACUGGACUGGUUAAAGCGUUCUCCACUUUCUGUGUUGAUGUUCUUGUUUUUUCAGCAACCAAAACGUUUUAUUCAAAAUGUCGUUAUGGUGCUUGACUUUUCAAAUCAGCCAGAAGAAAAAAUCCAGACUGUCUAAAUGUGCCGUUCCUCGUCGCAGGAACAGGUACAUUAAUUUCUACAUAUGUAUAAACUUUGAAGCUUAUUUACACGUCAACGUAAACGAUACCCUGUUUACAUUAUUCAGCAUAUAUCCAUUCAUUUUAAACAAAUUUCUGUUUAUAUAGGAAUCAGAAUAAAUGAGCAUUACUGUUUAUGUCUUAUGUGGCUUAUGUAGCUAAACAUUGUUGGGGUUUUUUAGCUUCAAAACCCCAAAUAAUGCAUGACUUUGCAUGUUUAAAAGAGACAAAAUAUAAGACACAUUUAUUAAAAAAUAUGCAAUGUAUGUAGUCAGUGCUGUGCUGGAUUCAUGCAAAACCAGCAAACGUUCUGUGAAAUGUAGAAUGUAAAUAUGAGAUGUUAGCGUUUAAGCAGAUAUUAAACGUCUUCCUUUUACAGUAA